ACCACUAUAUGUUACAUUGUGUGUUUAUAGUGUAAAAAUGUCGGAUAUAUAAUUUUACACAAGUAUGUAAACGCUUCAAAAUAUACUCUUCAUGUCAAUUCAUUGAGUAAUAUUAUAAAUGAUUUUGCGAUGACUUCAUUGCAUGUUUUUAUCGACAAUACAAGCGUGUGCAAAAUGCAUACUGCAGUUUGGUCAGAUUAUAUAGAUCAACUUUACAAAUAAUAUGAAGAUAUGUAUAAAUUUAAAGUAUGCAAAAGAAAAGAUCUUGAUGAGAUAACUAAGUUCAACGAAGGUCAAAUAUAAUGAUCAAAGACAUGAAUGCAAAGUAAAUUCUACUUGACGGUUGGCAUUAUUUGACCACUUGGCAUUAGUGUCGAGAGAACUGAGUUAUUAUGUGUUUAUCGAAUCCAAUUUUUGCUGUGAUGACAAGAUGCGACUUCGAUUUUUAAAACAAAAAUCUGUAUUUCUGAUUGGUUCAGGAAUUGGCUUUUUUUUUCCAUUAUUGCUAUCUUUAUUAAGGAAUAUAUUUGUGAUUGAUUCAAUGUGUGAACGAGACCAGUCAUUGUGGCAACCUAAAUAUUAUCUGAGUAAGGAACCUCGCGAUGAAGAAAUUAUUUUACAGCAUUGGGAAAAAAUGAAGUGGUCAUCUGGCAAUUUUAAUAUCGUUACAUACUACACUUGGUUGGCAGCGCAAAACUUGAGAUUACACAAACUUGAUUUAGAUAGAUAUUUAUAUGGUCCCCAAAAAGGAUACAAUACAAGAAAGAAUGAAAGCGUGGAAUGGAACUGGUUAAAAGAACGAGUGUCUAUCACAUGUAUGGUUUUUGUAGAAAAACUCAAAUUGGGGAGAUCAAUCCGAACUACAUGGGGUAAACGCUGUAAUAAUAUUUAUUUCUUUGGACACCGUUUGAAAGAUGCCGAAUUGCCCAUUAUAAAUAUAAAUACAAAGAUUGUGUCUUCCUGGCAAUUGCUGUGCGAAGCUAUGAAUUAUAUUUGGAAAAAAACGGCGGACAAAUUGGAAUGGAUUAUUUUCGUAAAAGACAAUACUAUAGUCAUACCGGAGAAUCUGCGCUAUAUGAUUGCUCCGUUAGACCACAGAGAUGAUUACUAUCUGGGUCAUCCAAUAGUUCUGUGGGGUCAGACUUAUAACGUUGCUCAAUCUGGAUAUGUUCUUAGUAAAGGGACACUGGCUAAAGUAAUACAAAUGUUCAAUACUACAGAAAAGUGCAUUGCAGGUGGAAAGUAUUGGAAGAAGGAAGAUUAUUAUCUUGGAAAACACCUGUCGUCCUUGGGCAUACGUCCAUCUGAUACCAGAGAUCAGUAUUUGAGAGGUACUUUUCACGGUUAUUCUUUACAAAAUCUUCUAUGGGGUGUUAUCAGACCAGAUAGCUACUUUACACAUGCUGUCUAUCCAACGAAAGGAGAAUGCUGUUCGCCAAUAUCCGUGACUUUCAGCGUCAAUGAACCCGACAAAAUGCACAUGCUAAAUUAUUUGCUAUAUCACUUUCAUGUUUUCAACAGUGAAAGCAAAUUUGGCAACAUAUCCGCUAAAAUUCAAAUACCUGAAGACAAUGUAUGGAAGAUUGCACUGCAGGAGGAAUUCAACAUCACACAUUUGAACGAUAUAUCGAGUGACGCUUAUUACGAAAUAUGGCACUCGAAAUAUUCGGAACCAGGACAGCUAAGAAUUGCUAAAAAUUAUCGAAUGACGUCGGAUGUGCUAAAUUGUUUAUUGACGAGUUACAAAACAGGAAAUACGUCUGCGUUUAAUUGUAGAAGUAAAACUGUCUUCGACAGUACAAAAACCUGAGCCACUAAAACAGCUACUAAAACAUUAUUUAACAGCCUUACAUUAUAAUUAUCAAGAUAGAAGAUUCACAAAAAAUCAAUAGACGGUGAAUAUCUUUAGUCUUGUAGUACACAAUUAUCUAUGCAUUAAGAUUACGUUAUAAAUUUUGACAGAUAAAUAUAUAAAUAAAGAUAACAU